CUUCCUCCUUCUGCGAAGGCGUGGGAGGACGGAAUACCCUUCCUCUCUCUUUCUCUCUCUUUCCGCAACGGUUUAUGAUUCCUUCUUGGAGGCGGCAAGCCAGAAACAACAGGACGCGGCCGCGGACGAGACAGAGUCCGAGAAGGAGAUUGACUUGGUGGUUAAUAAGAGAGAGAGAGAGAGGGAGGGAGGGAGGCAGCGGCCGUGACCACGAAAGCAUCUUCCGAUCCCUUCCCCGCCCUCCGCCUCUUUCUUGUUCUUCUCCAGUAGUUUGUGCAACAUCACGUCGUCCCAAGAUCAAGCAGGCAUUGUGAUCGAUCGUCCUAUCUCGGGCCAGAUCGAGAGUUUUCCUUCUUUACGGGCAUUCUGCAUCUUGAUACCAGCGAACGAAGAUGACGGCGCUGCAGCUACGGGGUGCCAGCGUCUCCGUGGAAGUAGGAGGAGAGAAUCGAAGGGGCUCUUCUUCUUGCUUGCACGCUCCGGGCGGUAACAAACAUAAGUCCUCCUCCGUCUCUUUUCCGAGGAGGCCGCUCCACGGGCGUCGGAGCGCCCAAGCCUCCGUCCUGGCAAUGGCCGUGGCCGCCCAAGCUCCACCGCAUCCGAUGAGCUCCCCCUCUGUCGCCGCCUGCUUGGAUCCUCUGUUACAGGGCCACCAUCACGCGAUCAUGGCAGCAGUCGACAAGAAGAAGAGGACAAGAUGGGAGGAAAAGGAGCCCGUCACCCCCGAAAAGCUGGAGCAGUGGAUGAGGGAUUCCAUCGGAGAGAUCGUGAAAAACAUCGAGGAAGCCCCGUUCCUGGUGCAGAUCUUCUCGGGCGGCGGCUGCGGCGCGGGGCGAGAGGGCGCCCUGAGGGUGGAGCGCGAGGCGGCGUCACCGGAGAGCUGGCCGCGCAUGAGCAAGCGGUGGGAUGAGGAGAGGCGCAAGCCCGACGGGGUCAUCCUGGUGGAAAAGCUCACGGACGCGGAGGAGACGGGAGCCGGGGAGGAGGGCAGAGCCACCUCCACCCCUUCCGGUCCCAGGACGUGGGGGCUGGUGGUGCAGGGCCGAGGGAUGGACUGCGCCUCGUGCUACAUUCUGAACACCAGCCGGGUUCGGUCGUCGAUGGGGUUCUGCACCCACUUCUGCCUGGUCAGAGCCAAGUGCUUUGGAGAACCCUUCGAGCUGCAGCUUAGGAAAGCUUGGCUGCAGAGGAGGUAGCACCACUGUACUCAAACCCACCCGCAUUCUUUGGUUGGUUCUCUCUUCUUUAUUGUGGGAAAGGAAAGAGGAAUCUCGCUGUGAGAGGACCUCUACAAUUCUUCUUGAUGCCAUUGGCCUCUCUUCCAUAAGAUUGGUUGGCUUGCACAGCUUUGUAAAGCAUUGUGAUGGUUGAUUGAUAGAAACUGGCAUUUGUAAUGGUGGAAUACUGUAGUUAAAUUUUUCCAACGGGUCAAAAUCGCAUCCGUAAUCCAUUCUGCCGUAUCUGGCAGCAGAUCUAGCUAAGCAAUGUUAUGUUACUACUUUAUGAAUACAGUUCUGGAGCUAUGCUAGAUCCUUUGCACUUAG